CCGCCCCCUGCUCUGCUGCUGUCCUCUCCUCUCCUGAACGCUGAUGUGUUACUAACUUCAGCCUUCAGCUCUGACAAAAUGUUCAAUUUCGGAUCAAAAUUGCUGCUGCUGUUCCUCCUGGCCUUCCCCUGCGGCCUCUUAUCCAUCGGCCAUGUCUCUGCAGACUCCGACUCUGCUGAGGACAUUGCUGAGGACACAGAUGCUGCAGUCGAUGAGGAGGAAGAUGAUGAGGAAGAGGUGCUUGUUGAGGAAGAUCAAAUACAAGCUACGGAAGGAGACGAAGAUGAUUCGGAUGAAGCAGCUGAUAAACUGUUAACGUCUCACCCCGAUGCCGACACAACCAUCAUCUUCAUGACAGGAGAAGAGUUUCCCGCCAAUGAAAUCGUGAGGUUCCUGGUGGGUUUCACCAACAAGGGAGGUCAGGACUUCACCGUCCAGUCUCUGGAGGCCUCCUUCCGCUACCCCCAAGACUUCCAGUUCUACAUUCAGAAUUUCACAGCUUUGCCUCUGAACACCGUAGUGCAACCCCAGGCUCAGGCCUCCUUCGAGUACUCCUUCAUCCCAGCCCAGCCCAUGGCAGGCCGUCCAUUCGGCCUCGUUAUCCUCCUCAAUUAUCUCGACUCUGAGGGUAGCGUGUUCCAGACUGCCAUUUACAACCAGACUGUCACCAUCACUGAGCUAGAAGAGGGUCUGGACGGAGAAACAAUGUUCAUGUACAUCUUCCUGGUUGGCCUGGUGGUCCUGAUGCUCUUUGGGAUGUACCAGGUCCUGGAGACGAGGACGAAAAAGAGAAUCCCAGUGAAAAUAGAGAAGGGCACCGGGGGAAUGAGCGAUGUGGACAUCAGCUGGAUUCCUCAGGAAACUCUCAAUGUCAUGAACAAGGCGUCACCUAAAGCAUCUCCACGGAAACGAACCAAUAGGGCAGCUGGAGCAGAUCAAUAAAACUGCCCGUUUCCAUCCAUCAUCAUACUGUCCAUCAGGCUUUUAAAGCUCAUUUCCUCGCCACAGUAACCCAAUUGCAAUUUCCAAUGGAUCAACAUUUCUGGAAUCCAAUUUCCAUCCUGAGCAACGUGUUUAAGAUGUUUGUAUGGAUCUCAGCCUGCUGGUAUCACAACCAAAGAGCAUCCUGGACUCUGCUGCUCGGAUCGGAGCGCAACCAUUUAGACACUAACAGGACUGAACUACAGUUCAUUUUUAAAGGGACUUUUUAUCAGUAUUUGUUUGUGUGAAAUGUGAUAAACGAUAAACCAGUAAGUCAUUACCUAUUUUUUUUUUUAUGGAAAAACACAGGGAUUGUGGUACGAAAUGCCCCCCAGAAGAAAGCUGAAUACUCUCUGCCCGUACGAGUGCUGUGAAGUCAUCAUAAUAAUUGCUUCAGAGUUUAAUGACAUUUUAUUUAGAGAUUGGUUGUCGGCAUUAUUAGAAUCAAGUGGGUUUUAUGAAACCAUUAUCAAACCAUUUGUAUGUAAUCAUGUAAACACCAUUGUGCCUUAUCUAAACUGUUUUGCGGUGUCAAGUAGCAAAUACUUAAUGUUAACAAGAAACUGAUGCAAUUAAAACAAAGAUUUCCCUCUAAUUUUACCAUCUAUUCGCAUAUGGCCUGAGGUUUGUAAAACUUCACAUAUUGUUUUUUAAGUGGGGCAACGGCAGCUGCAAUUACAACAAACAUUAAAAACUGUGUUCUCUAGAGGUUUCUGCAGGUUCAUUUACCUGUUUGUUUUUUUUCAUCUUACUGUUGUAAGAGUCUCAGUGGAGCAAUGCUUUACUAAGCGCCAGUGGUGCAAUCUUUCAGGUUGCGUGCCACAACUUGUGGAGAAAAUGUUUUCAGAAACAAUAAAAGGGUGAACGAAGUGUA